GAAAACGAAACCGCGGUUGACGUAGGCGCGUGGCGGAGGCAGCUCAUAUUCCUCUUAAGUGCGCGCGUCAGUCAAGAGCCUCCUCAUUUGAAACUAUGGACAACGAGUGAGCAUGUGCACUGCUGUGAUCACACUGACCGAAAGGAUUCAAUCAAGGAUGGAGUACGAGAAUAAAAAUGCUGGUAUAGAACUGCUUCUUGCUCACAUGAACAUUGAAGACUUCAUCCAAGAGGCAGAGAAUUUCUACUGUGUUGGCGAGGAGGUGGAAGCAGGGGUUUCAUUUGAGGAAAGUUUCUCUCAAGAAGACAUGGAUGAGAUUGAGGAGACGCCACAGGAUCUAAUCUCACAUGUGCAAAAUCCUGGAAAGGUCCGUUACGGGACUGCAUCCGACCUCCUGGACUUUGUGAAUACGGUUUCAAACAUCCCGUCCUCCUCUCUGUUGGAGGUGGGUGAAGAAACGGGGGUUCUGCUAAACAAGACAGACAUGGUCAUUAAGGAGGGGCAUUAUCGCAUUGACUUGGACGUCCUUCUGUUUCCUUGGAAACUAACCUACAAGCCCCUGGGCCCUGGACACGUUCCCAAAGGCUCAUUUGGGAAGGUCCAUCUGGCUCAAGACACCAAAACACGGAAGAGAAUGGCAUGCAAGCUAAUUCCCGUGGAACAUUUCAAGCCUGCAGACGUGGAAAUCCAAGCCCGGUUCCGUCACGAGAACAUAGCAGAGCUGUAUGGGGCAUUACUGUGGGAGCAGACGGUGCAUUUGUUCAUGGAAGCCGGUGAAGGGGGCUCAGUUCUGGAGAAGCUGGAUAGCUGUGGUCCAAUGAGGGAGUUUGAGAUCAUUUGGGUCUCUCAGCAGGUUCUGCGAGGCCUGGAGUACUUGCACUCUCACAAGAUCAUCCACCAUGACAUCAAACCCAGUAAUAUUGUGCUAAUGUCCGCAAAAGCCGUGCUGGUGGACUUUGGGCUUACAGUACAAAUGAAGGAUGAUGUAUAUGUUCCUCGGGACUUACGUGGCACAGAGAUGUAUAUGAGUCCAGAGCUGGUUUUAUGUCGAGGACACAACACCAAGACUGACAUCUACAGUCUGGGAACCACAAUCAUACACAUGCUGAGUGGAAGCCCUCCUUGGGUUAGGAGAUAUCCCAGAACAGCAUACCCCUCAUACCUUUACAUAAUCCACAAACAAGCUCCUCCUCUGGAGGACAUACCUGAAAGCUGCAGCCCUGCGAUGCGGAGGCUCCUGGAGCAUGCACUCGAUAGGGUGUCUGCACAGAGGAGCUCUGCCACAGAAUUACUAAACGAGGAGGCCCUCCAUCCUUCUCGGGAAGACCAGCCGCGCUGUUGGAGUCUGGAUUCUGCACUGGAGGAAGGCACACAUCCACUGCUGCGACAGCACAGUCAGCUUUCAGACACCACCCAAGAUUCUUCCUUGUACACUGAGGAUUCUGGGCACUCAAAGAAAAAAGGAUCCCUCUAUGUAGAUCUGGGCGCAUUGGCUGGCUACUACAAUCUGGUUAGAGGGCCCCCAUCUAGUGAAUAUGGCUAAUUAAGGUGGAUUUUUGCUGAGGACCAGUGGGGUGCUUGCAUCAGAAUUGCAUAGACAGAUCAGUUCUGUGGAGCUGAAUUAAUCUUCAAGAUGAUUCAGCAAAUUCGGUAUGUUGUCCUAAAUGAGGACAGUCUGCGCUGAUUGGACAGUGUUUGGACAUGAGCUGUCCAAUCAGAGAUGGACUUCUUGAAGAGAAGACAGACUUGUGGUUUUUAUUGUUUGAUGAACGGUUUGUGAGGUGUGGUUUUGUUAAUGCAGUUCCUUGUCUGUGUUUUGAUAGCAUGAAUGUAUCAUAUGUACAUGAAAUACAUUCUAGGGAUGCACCAAUAUUAAAGUCUGGCCAAUAUAGAAAAGCCUAUAAUAGUUUUUUCUGUUAUAGAUGAUAAAAAUAAACGGCUGAUUUUAUAAUCGUACACUAUUUUGUUUAAAAGAAAAACAACAACUUUUAUUUAGGCAUCACAACAUUAUAAUGUACAGUAUGAAAAUGCAUUUUCAUUUUGAGACUUGCGAAAAAAGGCACAUUCAAUAGUGAUUUAAAAUGAUUAGUGUUUUUAUAAAUACAUUUUCAGCAAGCUAUAGAUGAUUAGCCAAAAGUAAUCAAAAUGCAAAAAAUAAAGCAAAUGCAUUAACAAUUACAAUCUAAUAUUGACUCUGCAUCCCUAUAAUACAGAUUAAUAUUUCUUUGCAGAUCACUGUAGCUGUGCUAGGUGUAUUGAUUAUGUAUUCCAUAUUUGGUCACAUAAGGGGCAGGCCCUAAUGACAGUAAAUCUGUGCUUAAAUAUGCUGAAAUAUACAUUAAAAUGAUUAAUAUUAUGCUACAUUAACUUUGCUUAAUGUUUUUAUUUUCAGAUUUUUGACUAUUGCAGUGCUAUGUAUGUUAACAAAAUAUGUAUUUCCAGUGAACUAUACAAAGGCAGGCCUGUGUAUGCAGAAACUAUAUGCGUUCUGAUCUACAUUUAUUGUUGUUUUAGUUUUUUAGUUUUUUUUUUUUUUGUGAAAUAUGAAUCAUAAUAUGUGUGAGUCUGUUGACUUUGAAUAUUUGUCCAAUGACAUGAGUCUGUCUGUGCCCAUUAGUAACUCAUUUCAGUUAAUAUUUUUAGUUUCAUGUUUAUUUGUUAAAAUGAUUAUUAAUGUAUAUCUGCAAUCCCCAUGUGAGUGCCAUGUCUUUAAAUAGCUUUACCUGAGAUACAUUGAUAAUACAGUCAUUGUACAGAUAAUGUAAGUGUUGCCGAAAAGCACACUACUUUUUGUUUUCCUCACAGGGAAAGGUUUUCAGAUGAUACGGAAAAUAAUCUCAGGGUUUUAUUCCCAUGGAAUGUGUUUUUGUUGAGUAGUUGCAAUGCAAGACAAUGGAAUGUGCACUUAGAUAAAAAAUGUAAUCGAUCCUCCAUAUAAACCUAAUGUUUUUAAUUAAUAAAAACUGACUUCAUUAA